AAAUUAGCCUACUUGAAUAGGUGUUUAUCAUGUUUCCGUUAUUAAUAUGAAUAAUGAGGUCUCCUGAGUCACAGUCAGACAGAAAGAAUUAGCAGACAAAGCUUCACCAGUCCAUAAUAGUUAGAUGUGUUCUGGCUCUAGGGCUGGGAGGGUUAGUAGUUAGAAUUGUGUUCUGCAGAGGUUUCACGCUAAUUAGUCCAGUUCAAUGGCUUUAAGCAUGAGCGGUUGAACUCGUGACGGUCAUAAGAAUUAUUUUCCUCCCCUCAUAGUUCUAACCCUUUCUCAAGUCAGAGAUUUAAGUUUUUAAAAAGUGAGACUGAGAACUUUGGGAAACAGCGUUGCGAAGCAAUUUAGAAGGAUCGAACCCUUUCACAAUCUACGUAACUAUCCACUUUAGUUUAUAGCCCAACAGUAUUCCUCAGGUGUAGUCACUGGAUGGUUCAAAGAGAUGCCUCACGGUGACUUCAAUGUUUAUUUUGCAAGCAGAGGAGGACCCCAUGUCAGGACCGAAGAGGCAGCAGGCAUAGCUCUGUUGUUCUUCAUACUUGCAGCCCUUCUCAUCCUCGGAUGCUGGUAUUUUAGGAGGAGAUGUGGGUACAAAAUGAUUCGGAGCCCAAGAUCAGUGUCCCUGCCAGGAUUCAGUGGAGGACAGUUCAACGAGGGAGGAGCCACAGCAGAAAACAAGAUGGGCCUCAGUGACCUCCGACCUUUGGUUCCCAAUGCCCCUCCUGCAUAUGAGACGAUAUCAUCAGGACCCCUACCUCCUCCCUACUCCCCCUAAUAACACUAAACUAUUAACUUAAUGUGUUGUCUUAUUUAAACUCUAUAUCAAUGAAGAAAAAACUUUUGAUAAAUACUAUUAUCAGUCUAUAUUUACAAUUACACAAUUUACCAUAUUUUACUCGUGUUUAUUUUUUUUACUAUCUUGUAUUAUUUAUUUUUUUAUGUGUAUUUCUCCAUAACUUGUUAUGUGUGUUAUGUGUUCCUCAAGGUUAUAUUUCUGAAGGAUGCUCAGCAAACAAGACCCUUCUAUCAAUACUUGAAUAACAGUUGUAUUAAUCGAUUAGAACAAAGUCGUACUUAGGAAAUUGCUUGUUCAUUUAAGAUAACCAACGUAAAAAAAAAAAGAAAGUAUAUCUGCAAUUGAGAAUCCAUAGUAAUUUAAAGACAAUAUAACUUGGGCUUGAUCGGUGUUAUUUCAACAUGUACUUAUGAAGGGAUUUCAAAAGGAUGGAAUGGCUAUCCCUUAUAAAAUCCUGCAGACACAUUUCAAUAAAAAUAUAAAGUUUA